CCAACGCCUGCAGCAGCAGUACCAGCAGCAGCACCAGCGGCAAAGCAAGACUUCCAAAAACCAGCUACACAACAAAAGGCUGCAGCUUCUGAUCCAAACUAUCAGACCUUGACCGGACUUAGUAAUGAUAUCUUCACCAAGCCAACAUCAACGCCAGCAGCAUCAGCGCCAGCGGCACCAGCGCCAGCAGCAAAGCAAGACUUCCAGAAACCGGCUACAGAACAAAAAGCUGCAGCUUCUGAUCCAAACUAUCAGACCUUGACCGGACUUAGUAAUGAUAUCUUCACCAAGCCAACAAUUGUUUCUUACAUCAAGUAA